AACUUCACUUGAAGUUCCAUAAAAAAAAUCUGGAAGAAGCGCAAAAGACCGGAGGCAAAAAAAACGGCGACCAGAUGGCGGAAGUGAAAUCGACCGCCGGGGACGUCAUGGACGCGGCGGCCAGCAGCGCCGGGCAGAGCGCUGCCAGGGUGGCCGAUCUGCUCCGUGGGUUCCUCGCCGUGCAGCAGCGCCGCGCCGAGGCUUACUCCAAGCUCCGAAGUGGGUUUUCUGAAUAUAUGGCUAAUGGAGGUGAAUGCGCCUAUCAACAACUAUGUGGGAAUGUUACAGCCGAAUUUAAUGAUUGCUCAACACAGAUUCUUGAAAUGGUGUCCCUCCUGUCAAAGCCAAGUUUUUGUCGUGGAGAUCUUGCCAACUUAUUGAAGGAUGUGCAAGCAUGUGAGAGAGAUAAGUUGCAGCUGACAGCUAGGAUUCAGGUGUUGAAGAAGGCUGGCCGUCCUUCGGAACGCCUGGUAAACCAUGAGCACUGCAGGUCAAGCAGCACGUCCCAGCAUGUGUGUGCGAACCUCAAGGAGAUAACCGAGGCUUCCGGCACGGAGGACGCAGAGGCGGACGCAGAGUAUGACGCUGCUCUGAAGGAGGCAAUACAGGGCAUUCAAGAGGCAGUGACUAGCAUAAACGAGCACAUGGAGGAAGUGCGGUACGAGAUCGACGCCCUCGAGGCUGACACGGUUGACAGCAGGCUGAGUGAAGUCGAGGAAGCGUUCCCGGAUGCUCUGUUGAUAGAGUAGAAGAGUGAUAGGUGCUUAAGUCUUACUCCCUCCGUUUCAAAUUACUCGUCGCAGAAAUGGAUGUAUCUAGAACUAAAAUACAUCUAGAUACAUUCAUACUUGUGACAAGUAAUUCGGAACGGAGGGAGUACCAGGGAAGGGUUUCUAUUUGGAGAGUUAGAGCUGUUUUCAUAUUGUUUAUUUUUGCGACAAGUGAAAUUGGAUAGCCUGUUUCUACUAACAACAAACAAAUGAGUGUGCUAGCUAUUUGAAAGAGGUGAUAUGAAGAUUUUAUUUUAGCUAA